AUGUCCCUCUGUGUCCCCCUGUGUCCCCUCUGUGUCCCCUCCCGGGCUGUCCCACGGAUCCCGAAUUCCAGGAAAGUGCUGAGCAAGCUGCACCUGCGGCUGCCCGAGGAGCUGAUCCAGGGGCUGGUGCGGAGCCAGCCGGGAGCGGCCGAGCAGCUCCUGCAGCUCCUGCGGGACAAAAUCCUCCAGAGGCAGCGGAGCGGCCAGGGAGGGGCUGGGAAGCCCCCAGCAGAGUCGGCAGCGCUGGAUGAGGGCAGGUACCUGGACACAGGCCAGCCCAGGCUCCGGAGGGAUUUGGGAAGGGGCUGCAGCCAGGAAGGCGCUGCCAGGGGGGUGACAGUGACAGUGCCGGCGCAGACCGGGGCUGGCCUUGGGGACAUGCGACAGCAGCUGGCGGAGCGCGAGCAGGCGCUGCAGCUGGCGCGGGACACGAUCCAGAUCCUGCAGGCCAAGGUGGGGCGGCUGGAGCAGCUCCUGCUCCUCAAGAAUCUCCGCAUCGACGACCUGAGCCAGCGGCUGCAGCAGCUCCAGGGCCAGCGCCGCUGACAGGCGACAGCGACACCGCGGGGUGGCACCGCGGGGACAGCCCGGGCACAGCCCUGGGACAGCUCGGGGACAGCCCGGGGACAGCUCGGGGACAGCUCGGGGACAGCCCGGAGCCCGGAGCGGCGGCGGCGCUGGGAAUAAAGAGUUGGAUCCUGGA